AAGGCUGUACCGUAGCGUGGAGUUGCCGUAUUGUACUACCAUCAUCGGUCUCUUUUUAGCCCCCGCUGCCCUGUCCGAAAUAUGAAUCCGGCCCUCUCCCUCACCUUCCAUGCAUCUGAUCUCGUUUUUGAUAUUGCGUCUGCCACAUAUCUGGAUUUACAUUUGCUUUCCGAGUCUACAACCAAUGAUCAGUCUGAAUUCUGUUCGAUCUUGCGUUCGCAUGGUCUAGCAAUCCAUAUCCUCUCGGCCUCUUGCGUCCCCUCUGUUUGCCUUGCCGUAUAUGAGUCUUUUGGUGGGCGAGGCACAGCCUGCUUUUCAGUUUAUCCGUUCUAUCCUCUCUUCCUUAUCGCGUUAUUUCUACCGCAUAAUAUCUCGUUAACCAUGGAGCAAGAAGGAGACUCCCCCUUUGCUCCUCCUCAACCGUCUUCUCCUAUCCAGCUAGACAGCAGGUCGAUUUUCAGUCAGCGAAGAGCCACCACUCCCGCUCCGAUCCAAACAAAUUUCGUCAUGGACAACCUGCGGCGGUCACAGAUCCAUCCGCCAUCGCGGAGUAAGUGGGCAUCGAAGCUUGGCAAGAGUCACGUGGAAUCUAAGACACAAGGAACUAUUCUGCGAGCGGUCCCGAAAGCCGAUAUGAGGCAAACCAUAUCGGCCCCUCUCUACAACACACUAGUAACCCCGUCCAGUGGUUCGUCUAGUGGUUCGGAUCCGCUCUCUGCUGGAAACCCACCUUUACUGGAUUCCUCGUCGUCUCAUGGCAACAGAACAACCCAUUCCGAGCCGGACAAACGAUCAUUUUCUUUUAGAUCGAAAUCGAGAGAUCAAAGCUGCGAGCCGAAACCAAACGUCAUUGGAGUUUGGCGGGAUGGUGCAGCCCAUUGGGACGCUAAACAGGCUGAGCAACGGCCGCGUAUUACUAUCGCGCCUGCCACUCAUGCAACACCCACCAACAUCCCUGUUUUUGUUGCAGACGUCAAUGAGCCUGAGCUACCACCAAUUGUUCCCGCCAAGGAUCCACCGAGGAGCGCGAGUGCAAAAGCACAGCGUCCUCGCAUCCAGUUGGUCAUCCCACCCGAUCGGUAUCAAACCCCCCUCCCGGCCUUAACAUAUAGCAGCCAACCGUCCGUCACCCAAGCCCCAAAGUCGGCACCUGUCGUCGCCCCGCCGUCCUUCCAGCCGCCAGCUCCGGGUACCAAGACGAUGAACGCCACCCCACUAGGAUUAUAUACUCCAGAGUCUCAAAGGUUGAUGCAGACAAUCACCCUAAUCCCCUCUAAAUUAUUCAACAACCCUCUAGAGAGGCCAUUGCGGCCUUCCUUAAGCAGCUCGACUUCUGAGGAGGACGUGAGGUCAGAUGACGAUGAUACGUCAAAUUACAGCCAUCGUUCGUCAAUGACAAGUGUUGAGGAGACUGCGCCUAUUAUUCCUCCAAAAGCCGCCCGGCCAUUCAACUUUUACAAUCGAACUACGAGUGCAGCAUUCUCAAUUGCAAAUCCGGUGGAUGCAGGAGUGUUCGAGAACGAGACUCUGUCGAUAGCUGGUCUCGAAUAUUCACAAUCAUCGGCGAAGCGACGGCCUAUACCUGCUGCGCAGCCAGUACCAGCAGCAGAGCUUACAUACUCUCCAGCGGUGUCAUCGGCAUCGACAACCAGUGCUCCAUUUAGCGGCGUUGUAUCGCCCCUCUCCCCGGUCGCUCCGAGAAUAAGGCGAAAGCAGGUGCCAUCCAGUUAUUCUCAACGGCCCUUGGCCAACACCAACACUAGCAAGAAUUAUACCAGAGGCGUCCCAAGCCCGACAUGGAGCGAAGCGCAACACGAUCUUGAAAUCCACCUUACAGCCAUCAGCGAAGUUUCGCCGUUCCAAUGGGACGAUUUUGUGCUCCCUGAACGCCAGAGCAUCAUGACGCCGCCCAUGACUCCCCCAAGACGGUCGAGCAAGCGACUCAGCCAUCCCCUCCACCUUGCGGAACAUUUGCGUCCGCAACUGGCGACUCAACCUCCCAAGUCAUGCCCAAGCCGCUAUGAGGUAGACCAUCGUCAUCAUUCGCAUACUUCUAUAGGAGAGUCGACGAUCAUUGGGUUCUAUGAGCAGACCGCUCCGUCAACAAGAUCCUUGAUGCUUCAAGACAAAGUAGCCCAGCACGAGCGGGUGAUCACUCCACCGGCUGCAGAGAUCAUUAUCCAAAAAAUCAUGGAAAAUCUGGACGACUUGGGCGACUUGUUCGCCGCAGCCCUAACCAACAAGGGCUUCUACCGCGUCUUCAAGCGCCACGAAAUGCACCUCAUUCGCACCGUCCUCCGCAAGCAGUCACCUGCUGCCUGGGAAUACCUCGAGACGUUGACACCGGCCCACCCUCCAGCGGGUACGACGGAAGUUACUCAUCCUGACGAGGACUUAAUGUCUCCUAUCUCGGCCAUUGACCGCAAUCAAGGAUCUGAACCUGAAAGUGCAGCGCAUAAAUCCAAACACACCCCUACAUCCUAUAUUCGCUUCUUCACUCGCGACACAUACAUCAUUGCGGCUCUUAAGCUCCUGGUUCUGGAGCGCUGCCAAUCCUUUCUUCGCCCGACGACUGUUGCCGCGCUCUCCAAUCCGAAUCCGUCGGAUGCAGCAGCCAUUGCGAAUGCUCGCGCCAUUAACGACGCAUUCUGGCGAAUUUGGACCUUUUGUCGAAUCUUUGGUCGAGGCCGUGGUCGUGAAGAUGACAUCAUUGCGCAGACGGACUGGCUGAAGGGCGGCGUCCUCGCACACCAGGUGACUUGUACUAGCUCCAUCGUCUCUAACGAUUCCUUCUAUAUAAGCUCAGUGCUACUGAGCGCAGCAGAGCAUUUUGGCAAAGGAAAUGUAUCCCAAUUCAAUUCAGAGGAAGGGUUGUCAGCUGAGGAAUUGUACAACAUGACGGAAAUCUGGAAUUGUCUGGGAACAUUACUCCAUGGUCUUCAAGGGAGAACUGAACAAGCGAGGGGGUAUGGUGUGUUUGACCCAACUGACGUGCGAGGCGGAGAUAUUGAUGGCGAGGAGGCGAUGCUUGAAGAGUUCCAGUAUCACCUCCUUACCCUCGGCCUCUCACCGCUCCUUACGUUGGCCACCUGCCCUCCAACUCCCUCCGCACAAGCGUUUGCUGUCGCGAAAGUGAACGGGUGGACCCGAUGGACGAUCCCAGCUCCUGGUGGCUCACGCUCGACCUUUCUGAAAGAAGCCGUCUCUCGCGUAUACGAAGAGAAGCUCAGCAGCGUACUCACUCCUGCUGAUAGCUUCCGUCGCGAGAUGGAAGAAAUCCGGCGCUUCCGCGGUAAGAACCUCGCCGUGGAGCUGCGCGACAGCAAGCGUAGUGUCGGUAGUUCCGACGGUGCUCCUUACGCAGCGUCACUAAGUUGGUCGAAUACCGGAUUCGAAGAAGAGCGACCAAUGAGCGAAUGGGAAGGGGCUUUGGACAGGUUUGCCAGCCCUAUCGCCACCUCGCCUCUGCAUCCUGUCUACAAGGUCAACAAUGGGCACAACUCCCUCUAUGGCAGUGAGCGGCACUAUACGCCAGCUCCCCAACCUCCUAGCCCACCUUCUAUUUCCUCUUCAUCCCAGUCGCUCUCUCAUCCCUCCGGAAACCCAUCGUCUCCACCUUCUACCCCCCAGAUUUCCCAGCUGCACCCUGCCUUCCGCUCCCGCCCAAUUGGUCCUCCUGCCCUCCGACACAUACCUCCACCGCUUUUUAGCCAGCAACAACGCAUCCCCCGUAGCUCCCCAACCUUCACUCCGCCUCCGGCCUUCCACUCGGCGUGCCUCACCCCCCCUUUUACCCCCAACCCCACCUCCAACCACCCUUCAGCCGCCGGGCCACCCCACCGCUCACCACCGCCCACCCCGCCGGUGCCUGCAUUACAACAUCCACUGCAGCUGGCCAUGGCACCGGACACGGAUCCGGCGGCGAACAGUGCGGAGCGUGCCAUCUUCCGGAUUGUGGAGAUGGGAUUCACGGCGGAGGAAGCGAAAUACGCGUUAAGGAAGACGGAUCUAGGGGAUGGUUUGAGGAUGGAUCGCGCCGUGGAAUUGCUGUUACGGAACGGCGGACAGGCGUGAUAUGAUUCUUGUCCUUGGCGUAUAUUGCAUUGUUUUAGAUACCCAAUCCCUUGAGAGCCUUUUCUUUUGAAUGGACAGAAUCUGAAGAUAAC